AGUUCGGGUGGACACACAGAUUUCAACACCGUGACUAAAGUUGAUCUCAACAAUAAACUCCGCCAUUUUUAUGAAGAGGCAAAACCUAAAAACACAGAAAAAAAAGCACAAGUACAUGCGGGCGUGUAUCACAAAAAUUCGUUGAAAAAUGUGAGGGCUGCUCUUAACAGGCACUUGACCGACAUAAACAGAGAAAUUGACAUUGUGAAAGGCAAUUAAUUUAGACAGAGCAAUGUUAUUUUGGAUAGUACACUAAAAAUGAUGGUUGCUACUGGACUUUCAAGGCCAACAAAACACAAGGAUAUCAUUGAACUUGAAGACCUCCGAUUGAUAAGCACAUAUGUUUUUAGCAACACUGAAGAUGCUGUUCUACUUAGAUUAAAAGUAUGGUAUUGUCUGGCCAUUCAUUUGUAUCUAGAGGUUUAGAGUUCCACCACCAGCUGAAUUUUAACUCUUUUGACUUCAAAAUAGAUGCAGAUGGUGACGAGUAUGUCAUGGUUAAUCAUGAAACAACCCAGAAAAACAUUCAGGGUGGUGUGUCAAGUGAAGAAGCCGCUUCAGAUAAGUUCAUGUAUUCCAAUGUGGCUGAAAAGAGAUUUUGUCCACUUGCUGCAUUGAAAGAACUCAUAGCAAAAACAGACCCAAAUGCCAAAUCCCUUUUCAAUCGCAUUGUAAAGGACUUGGAUGUCAGCAGCAGUGCAAGCGUAUGGUAUACAACACAAGCAUUAGCUCAGCGUACAUACAGUGGUUUAAUGUCGGAUAUUUGCAAGAAUGCAAAAUGUAGUAAGGUUUACACUGCUCACUGCUUACGAGCUACAGCAAUACAAUGUAUGAACGACGCCGGACAUGAAUUGAGACAUAUAAUGUAUAUGACUGGGCAUCGAAAUGAAUCAUCCAUAAGAAGUUACAACCGUCACUGUUCCGUAGGCCAGAAAAAAUCUCUAAGUCUUACCUUGUCGAGAAUUGCAACUGGUAAUGAUGCCACCUCAGUUCAACCGACUGCUCCAACUUCCACCGCUCUCUGUCCUAACUCAGGUUUUGUCUAUCAAAAUGUUAUUCCUUCGAGUCAGAAUACUGCCAACUUGACAAGCACUCUGAAUAGUGCAGGAAUUAUGAAUAAUUCUAUGUUUUCUAGCUGUACAUUCCAUAUCAACCUCCCAAGCACAACUACACAUCAAAGUUAGUCUAGACACGCACAAUUGAAAUUUUGUGUAUCAGUACAGAAAUUACUACGCACUAGAAAUAGGAAAUAGGACACGGACAUUUUUGUUAAAUAUAUUUGUUUUGAAAUGAAUUAAUGAUUCGGACAGUUUUCAAGUGAUUUCAUUGUUAAAUUUGUUAUUUAAACUAUUAAAUUGUUGAUUUAUUAAUGAGUUUUUAAGUUUUUAAGUGUUCAGGAUAAUGUGCCCCAGGUGAAUGAUAAUUGACACCGUGACCCGCUCAUCACACCAAUCUAAAUAUGAUUAAAAAAUACAUCCACGCGUGUUUAGAAAAUGUAAUUAUAAGCAUUGAAUGCAUAUUUUUGUAGUUUUAUUGGCGUGUAAAAGGGUUGACCGUGCGCACAUUUUUUGUAUGAAGCGCUACCAAAGUUUUUGGUCAAGGUAGUUUUUGAUGAAGCUGAAGUCCAAUCAACUUGAGAAACUUAGUACACUUGUUGCUUAUGAUAUGAUCUUUCUAAUUUUAAAGCCAAAUUAGACUUUUGACCCCAAUUUCACGGUUCACUUUAUGCAAUAGGUCUACUUUAUUUGUUUAUGGUAUGAUUGUUAGGUGUACAUGUCUAGCAGGCAGAUGUCAUCUGACCUUGACUUCAUUUUAUGGUUCAGUGGUCACAGAUAUGCAAUAGGUCAACUUUAUUUGGUGCAUAUAAAUAUUUUAAGAUGCACAUGUCAUUCUCACCACUUUUAUUUGACCUUGACCUCAUUUUCAUGGUUCAUUACUCAGUGUUAAGUUUUGUGUACAAAUAUGUUUGCUGUAUGGAAGAAUUGUAAGUUGUGCAUGUCUGACUGGUAGAUUCAUUUGACCUGUUCAUUUUCAAGGUUCAUUGGUCAAUGUUUAGUUUUCAUGGUUAAGUCUGUUUCUUAGAAACUAUAAACAAUAGGUCAACUAUAUUUAGUGUAUUGCUAGACUGUGAGGUGUACAUGUAUUUCUUGU